AUGAAAUCGAGCAUCUUCUCUUCGGUUUUGGCUUUCGCGGCCUGCGCGCUGGCCACCCCAGCCACGGUACAGCCGCUUCUUAAGCGCAAUCCAACUGGCUCCUUCAGCCUUGUGGCCUAUAGUCUCGCCUCUGACUAUAUUGACAUAUUCUACUCCGAUGGCAUCGCCUAUGCUGGCGAUUCAUCAAAGUGGCCCUAUGGCUCUAUUACUACGGAUGUCACCUUUGUAAUUACCGACACAGAGAUGAUUACUACGGCUACCACGUCGGGCGUUACCCUGGAUUCCGACACAUUACUUUACAUUCGGCCCACUGACGAUGAAGUUUUGCCCGUGGGUUUCACUGGAAAUGGCAUCACUGUGCCAUCCGAUGCCGUGACUACCAACUUCAUUUUCUAUGGCACAUAUCUUAUGUGGGAGUAUGGUAGUGGCUCUUUGUCAGACUCUUUCCGGGCGAAGGAAACAAAUGUCACUGGGGUCUAUGAGCUCUACUUUGACUUCUCGAACCUUUAUCCAUCAGGAUAUGAGACACCAGUUGUGAAGUCACAAUCUUGA